CUCAACACUAGAAUUGCCUGCCGGCGACUGCACAAGACACAAACUUCUUCCCAUCCCAUUCAAACGACACGAAAUACGUAAGGUCGCUCUCCAUAGACCUGCAUCUAUUGCGGCCCUUCACGAGCAAGCAGAGGUUUGUACUCAUCAGGGAAGUGAAUACCGAGCAACCAUGCCAAACCAGGAUGGGUUGGAAUGGGUCGAGAAGACGUUUGGCCUGGAGCCGCGUUGGACAAAAGAACCAGAUGUCAACAUUAUAGCAUCUAUCGCGCGCGCGCACCUGGGCUGUGACGAAGAAGCAUUGCCAAAUAUCAGCUUCUACGCUCAAGGUGCUUUCAACAAGCUCUACAAGGUCUCGACUGUAGACACGACCUGUUUGAUGCGCGUCAGUCUCCCCGUUGAUCCGCGUUACAAAACUGAGAGCGAGGUUGCCACGAUUGAGUUUGUGCGACAAAAGACUUCAUUGCCUGUCCCACAUAUCAUCGCAUUCGAUUCUCACAACGAGAACGAGCUAGGGUUCGAGUGGAUUUUGAUGGAAAUGAUGCCUGGCAUCACUUUGCGCAAAGGCUGGCGGAAGAUGUCAUGGGACGCCAAAGAGAACAUCGUCAAAUGUCUUGUCGAGAACCACGCGCGACUGUUCGAACACCGCUUGCACAGGAUUGGGAACAUCUUCAAUUCAGAAAAGCAAGCAAGCUCAACUUCCUUCACCCUUGACCGCAUGGUAUCUCUUAUCUUCUUUUGGGGCGACCACCUUACACACGAUGUUUCUCGUGGGCCGUUCACGUCAAGCCACGACUGGCUGAAGGCACGUUUACAGCUCGUUCUCACUGAUCAGCAGCGCAUCCUCGAUUCCACCUGUGAUGAAGAUGAGAUCGAAGAUGCCGAGGCCGCGCUAGAUCUGUCAAAGAGGCUGCUCGACAUCCUUCCCACCAUCUUUCUGCCCAAUGACAGCUCUAGCGAGCCAAGCAUGCUCUUCCACGACGAUCUAUCGAUGCAGAAUAUCAUGGUCGAUGAUAACGGACAGCUGACAGCAGUCAUCGAUUGGGAGUGCGUGUCUGCUAUGCCACUGUGGAGGGCUUGUCAAGUGCCCGCGCUGCUUGAUCAGCGGACCCGGGAAAAGAAGCCCGACAAGGAGACGUACGCCGCUGAUUCAGACGAGGUAGACGCGACAGAUCAUGACGGGCUUGACAAUGAGGGAAUGGCGGAUCUCUACUGGGAACAUCUUCUGGAGUAUGAGAUGACGCAGCUGCGCAAGCUGUUCCUCACUGAGAUGCAGAAAACACAGCCCGAGUGGGUCGCCAUCAUGAGGGACAACCGCCUCAAGGCAGACUUCGAGAUGGCUGUGCACAAUUGCGACAGUGGGUUGGCGUUUAAGAUAAUCAAGCGUUGGAUCGACGCGUUAGUGCUUGGAGAUGUUCGAAGCCUAAGCGCCGAGUUCAACAAAUAGUCACUCCUACGGAUCGCAUGACAACGGGAGAAAUCCACAAAACAUUUGCUGCACGCCACGCCGCAUUCCGAGCUACCAGUAGAGAUGAGGGGAUGUCCGGUGAA